AGCUGUAGUGGAGCUGUGGAGCCACGAGCUGCUGAGAAGAUGCUGGCUCCGUCCGUCCACCCGCUCCUCUGGCUGUUUGGCUGUGUGCUGUUCAGAGGUACUACAGCCUCCACAAACUCCUCUGUCCACACUGUAACAGGUCAAUCCCAAUCAACACCACACAGCCCUGAAGUGAAGAACCAUACCUCAGAGCCUUCAGUAAAGUCAACACCACCAGCUGACUUGAAGCCCACCUCUGAGACUCAAACUACCACAGCCACAUUCUCUUCCAUGGCCACAACACUGCCAGCAUCCACUGUGCAAGAUGAAAAGUCCAGUGGAAGCAGAAGCACAGCAGCUUCACCAUCUCAAGGGCAGAAUCCAAAAGAGAAGAAGGACUUUUCUAUAAAACUGUCUUUUUCCCCUCUUGUAGGCACCUCAGAGCCAGUCACCCCGACACCAGAGACCUCUGGCUACUUGCCUGUGCCCACUCCCACAGAUGACAAAUCACCACUGACGGUGGCAGCUUUUGGUGUCAUCAGCUUCAUAGUUAUCCUGAUAGUGGUUGUCAUCAUUCUGGUCAGCGUGGUCAGCCUGAGGUUCAAGUGUAAUCGCUCCAAGGACUCAGAAGACAAACAGAAACCAGGGACCUCCAUGGUGUCGGAGAGCUGCUCAGCAGGCACAAGCCAGAAGGACAACAGCAUCACUCUGAUCUCCAUGAAGAACAUCAACAUGAACAACAGCAUGAGUUACCCACCGUCAGAAAAGGUGCUUUGAAGCCAAGGACCCUGAGCUUGAAGCUGAGCAUUACAACAAGCAGUGACUUUCUAGGUUAUUUUUUUUUUUUCUCCCUUGGGGAAAGAGCAAGGGUGGACUUUAUGGAUAAAUUAUUAUGCCCUUUCUGAUCAGUACUUUUACAGCAGCAUCCCAGAUAGCUUCCUCACCUGGGGUCUAAGGGCUUUCUCCAGUUACAGCCUGCCAUGCUCAAUGGUUGUUGUCUCUUUUUUUUAUUAUUAUGCCUUCAAAUCCUCAGAUUAAUCCAGCAGCAAGAAGCACCAAGGAACCAUCUACUUUGCUAAUAAACUGCUGCCUUAGAUUAAUGGCCUUUAGAGUCUGUGCCAGCCAGUUGCAGGCUCAUUAAUCAGCAGAGCCCCACACUGAGUCAAACCCCUGCAUUAGAAAAGCACCAUCUGAAGCUGACAGCCUAAUGGGACACAAAUGGCCAAGGGCUGGGACAAAUCCCAGCACAAUUGCUCCAAGCCCCUUAUCCUUGGUGCCCUCAUUGUCCCCGCAGCAGUGGGGAUGAUCAUAUCCACCUACCUCACAGGGUUGUUGUGAGGCCACAUUAAUCAACAUCUGUAAAGCAUUUGGAGAGCCAUGAAUUAAAGGUGCUGCUGAAAUGCAAA